AUGGCGAUCUGUACUUAUAACGCACGUACGCUUGCAUCGGAAGCGGCCAUCGAAGAUCUGAUGAUGCAAGCCAAGAAGAUCAAGUACGACGUCAUCGGACUGACCGAGACGAGACGACGUCACCCUCUCAACGCCGUAUAUGAAACUGGAGAAGAACUGUUCUUAGGAACAUGCGACAGUAGAGGUGUUGGUGGAGUUGGCGUCCUCGUCAACACGAGUAUGGCAAAGAACAUCGACUCUUUUGAACAACUUACGACCCGAAUCGGACGUCUGCGGAUGAGAAGAUGUGGCCCAAUACCAGCUUUGACUAUCUUCGUCGUUUACGCUCCAAGAUCAAGCUACGAAGAAGAAGAAGUCGAAGCUUUCUAUAUGGACCUGGAGAAGUUCUACCAAGAAGAUCAUGCCUUCUACAAGGUCAUAGUUGGCGAUUUCAACGCUAAGGUUGGCCCAAGAAGAACGCCGGAGGAACUUCACAUCGGGACCCACGGCCUACAAUGGAAUGACCAGGGAGAGAGGCUCUCCGAGUUCAUCAUGACGACUAAGACCAUCCAUGGGAACUCGCAAUUUCAGAAGCCCUCUUCUUUACGCUGGACGUGGGAGUCACCCGGUGGAGGGUACCGUAAUGAAAUAGACCACAUCAUCGUCAAUAAAAGGUUCUGCCUGACGGACGUCGGUGUUGUACCAAAGUUCUAUACGGGAUCGGACCAUCGCCUCCUCCGAGGAAGAUUUUCCUUCACAAGGAGAGCAGAGAAAGCCGCCAAGUUCAGAGAGAGAAAUCCCAGGACUACCAUCAACUGGGAUCUCUUCGCUACGCUGGCCGGCUUUUGGGAAGAUUCUGCAAUGGACAACAUCGACGAGGAAUAUGACCGGCUUGUCGAACACCUUCACGACUGCGCGAAGAAGGCUGAGAGUUUUAAAACCACCAAGAGGCGUCUGUCUCUUGAAACUCUUGAGCUGAUACGCCAGCGUGGAGCAGCACGAGCCGCAGGGAACCAAGAACUCACGUCCGAGCUCGCAAGGCUUUGCCGAGAGGCGAUAAAGGAAGACCUUAAAGAGAGAAGAGCAGAAGUGCUGGCUGAAGCUGCAGAGGCGGGGAAAAGCAUACGCUAUGCCCGUCGAGACUUCGCCAGUCGCAUGACGAGGAUGACUGCUCUCCGGAACCCAAAGGGAACAGCCAUUGCAUCGAGAAGGGGGAUGGAGAAAAUCAUCUACGACUUCUACUCUGAUCUCUUCGACAGCCAUGUCCACUUGCCUCCUCACCAUCUGAGGGAAGAUGGACAAGUCAUUCCAGAGGUUCUCCCGUCCGAAAUACGACAUGCUAUCAUGUCGGUAAGAAAUCGUACGGCACCCGGUCCCGACAGAAUAAGACCAGAACACCUGAAGAGCCUUCCGCCAGUACUCAUCAACACCCUGGCGAGGCUCUUUACACGUUAUCUGUCGGAAUGCAAGGUUCCUAAACAGUGGAAGACCAGCAAGACCGUGUUGUUGUAUAAAAAGGGAGAUCCACAUGACAUCGGCAACUAUCGCCCAAUCUGCCUACUGUCCGUCAUCUACAAGCUCUUUACAAGAGUAAUCCUUAAUAGGAUUGAAAAAGUCUUGGAUGAAGGACAGCCAUGCGAGCAAGCAGGGUUUCGAAAAGGAUUCAGCACGAUUGACCACAUUCACACUGUUUCGAAACUCAUCGAGGUAUCACGAGAGUACAAGAUGCCGCUCUGUCUCACCUUCAUCGACUUAAAGAAGGCUUUCGACUCGGUUGAGACGGAAGCGGUCGUGGAAGCCUUGGACAACCAAGGCGUCCCUACUCAAUAUAUAAAGGUACUUCGAGAGUUGUACAGACACGACCGGAAUUUCGCCAUUCUACAAGAACAUCAUCAUUGA